AUGCCGUCUUACGACGCUACUCGUGAGACAAUGCGCGCUCGGUUCUUCAAGGAAAUGGGCGAGGCCACCUCCGAUGCAGAGCGCGGCCGGGCGAUCCAGUCUAUGGCCGAAGUAUCUCACCAAGCAGAGUGCAUUCGCUCCGUGCAGCAAGUCGUCCAUAGUCUCCCCAAUGUCUGCCAGACCGACCUAAAGAUUGCGUUGCAGGCUACUAAGAUAGAAGAACGCAUCCUCAUCCUAUACGCGGAUUCCAUGACCAACGCUAUUGAGAUCCAGGUCGUGAAGAAGGCCUAG